AUGAUAAGAAGGAGGCGUACCUACAUCACCGUCCUCUCGCUCUGUCUUUGCUGCACCCUCUCUGUCCUCGCCUGGACUCUGUAUGAAAAUGAGCCUCUUCUGGACCUUCCUGACCUCCAACAGCCUUUCCCAGCCAACCUCAGUUCCUCUCCGUCUCUCCGAAGAUCUGUUACUCUGUACGACACAAACUUUAGUUUCUAUAUGGACCUGGCUGAAUAUUCCCAGGUAUAUCCCGCCCUCCAGACUUAUAGGUGCCGAGCCGUUAUAGGAUUGUUAGGCUAUUGCCAGACACAAAACCCCUUAAUUCUAAUGGCUGUGAAGUCCCACCCGGUGGCUUCUGACCGACGAGAUGCCCUCCGAAGGAGCUGGGCCAAAGAAAGAUCAAUUGAUGGGUACAGUUUGAAGCCUGUAUUUUUAAUCGCAAAUUCAGGAAGGCGGAGGCAGAUGGAGAGGCUGAUUGCCGAGGCGGCUGUUUAUGAGGACACUCUGUUGUGGGAUUUCCUGGAGAGCCACCAUAACUUGUCUCUUAAAGAGAGGUGCUUUCUGGAGUGGGUGCAUUACCGAUGUCCGGAGGCCAGGUAUAUAUUCAAAGGUGAUGACGACGAGUUUGUUAAUCCUCACGCCCUGGCCUCCUAUGUUUCCUCGUCUCCCAUAGAACAUCGUCUGAAGAUACAUGGCCAGCUGCAAAUUCACCCACCCCCUGACCGCUGGGGGAAAUACGCCGUUCCUCUUUCUGUCUAUCCUCAUGGCUAUUACCCUCCAUUUGUCUCCGGUGGGGGCUUCCUCCUUCCAACAGAAUUGGUGCCUUCUCUCAACUGGGCAGCGUCCAUCAUUCCAAUCUUCCCUCUCGACGAUGUCUUCUUUGGCUUCCUGGCUCUGGCGGCCAAGGUCUCAUUUCACCACGAGCCACGGUUCCGUUCCUUUGGAUUGAAGAAUGACGAUUUCUGCCACUAUUUGGACGUCCUGGUUGUCCAUGGAUUGACUCCCCAACGAAUGCUGGAAGUGUGGGAGGCCCUUCCCCACCUUAAGCCUUGUCCACCAGAACCAGAGGAGGAGGAGGAAGAGUAUGAGGAGACAGAGAACAUGGCUAUGUUUGAGUGAUGAGUUCUUACACUCUUCUGCCUGCACAUCCCUGGAAUAUUGUGCCUGCUACCUCCAGUCUAUCUGGUGGAUGGACAGCCUUAUAGAUCACUGAAUGACUAGCACCAGUGGACAGUGGUACGGUUCUAGAAGUUGCUGCCAGCAUAACCUGGAGCCAUCAGCCUUGCUUCCAAAAUGAAAUUGAUAUAUGGGUUAUUUUGGUGCUUGUGGACCCAGGGAUAAUGAAAGAGACAACCAUAAUAUACACAGUUACAGGCCUCCAAAGAACUAAUGUGAAUGUGAUAAUAUACCCACCAUAUCAGGCGGUGGUACUCGCAGUGCUAAGUGUGUCUAUAAUGAGUGUGUUCCUCCAAGUCUUUAAUAUCCAUCAGUCUCCAUCUCUGUAUAUACCCUUUAAUAACGCAAAGAACAGCAAGAGUGUACGCUGUGGGC